GCCCUUCCGUCUGGGCGCCGGCGGCCCCUCCCGGGGGACAACUCCGCCUUUUACUAAUUUGUCCUCUCGCGGAGCUGGCCGCCGAGGGAGGGGCGGGGAGACACCGCUAGAGAGAUAGUCGCAGAAGGUGGCGGAGAGGAUGGCCGAGGAAAUCAUCACCCCGGUGUACUGCACGGGGGUGUCUGCACAAGUGCAGAAGCAGCGGGCCAAGGAGCUGGGCCUUGGCCGCCAUGAAAAUGCCAUCAAGUACAUGGGCCAGGAUUAUGAGCAGCUGCGGGCUCACUGUCUGCAGAGCGGGGUCCUCUUUCGUGAUGAGGCCUUCCCCCCGGUGCCCCAGAGCCUGGGCUACAAGGACCUGGGCCCCAACUCCUCCAAAACCUAUGGCAUCAAGUGGAAGCGUCCCACGGAGCUGCUCUCAAACCCCCAGUUCAUUGUGGAUGGAGCCACACGCACAGACAUCUGCCAGGGAGCACUGGGGGACUGUUGGCUCCUGGCUGCCAUUGCCUCCCUCACCCUUAAUGACACGCUUCUGCAUCGAGUGGUUCCACAUGGCCAAAGCUUCCAGAAUGGCUAUGCCGGCAUCUUUCAUUUCCAGCUGUGGCAGUUUGGGGAAUGGGUAGAUGUGGUCGUGGAUGACCUACUGCCCAUCAAGGACGGGAAGCUGGUGUUUGUGCACUCCGCCCAAGGCAAUGAGUUCUGGAGCGCCCUGCUCGAGAAGGCCUAUGCCAAGGUGAAUGGCAGCUAUGAGGCCCUCUCCGGGGGCAGCACUUCGGAGGGCUUUGAGGACUUCACAGGCGGAGUCACCGAGUGGUAUGAGCUGCGCAAGGCACCCAGCGACCUCUACCAGAUCAUCCUCAAGGCGCUCGAGCGAGGUUCCCUCCUGGGCUGCUCCAUCGACAUCUCUAGUGUCCUGGACAUGGAGGCCAUCACCUUCAAGAAGCUGGUGAAGGGCCACGCCUACUCUGUGACGGGGGCCAAGCAGGUGAACUACCAGGGCCAGAUGGUGAGCCUGAUCCGGAUGCGGAAUCCCUGGGGCGAGGUGGAGUGGACGGGAGCCUGGAGCGACGGCUCCUCGGAGUGGAACAACGUGGACCCUUACGAGCGGGAGCAGCUCCGGAUCAAGAUGGAGGAUGGAGAGUUCUGGAUGUCCUUCCGAGACUUCUUGCGUGAGUUCUCCCGCCUGGAGAUCUGCAACCUGACGCCCGACGCGCUCAAGAGCCGGUCCAUCCGCAAAUGGAACACCACGCUCUACGAGGGCACCUGGCGGCGGGGGAGCACCGCGGGGGGCUGCCGGAACUACCCAGCCACCUUCUGGGUCAAUCCCCAGUUCAAGAUCCGACUGGAGGAGACGGACGACGCGGACGACGACUACUACGGGGGUCAAGAAUCAGGCUGCAGCUUCGUGCUAGCCCUCAUGCAGAAGCACCGCCGCCGCGAGCGCCGCUUUGGCCGCGACAUGGAGACCAUCGGCUUCGCGGUCUACGAGGUUCCUCCGGAGCUGGUGGGCCAGCCGGCCGUGCACCUGAAGCGGGACUUCUUCUUGGCCAACUCGUCGCGGGCGCGCUCGGAGCAGUUCAUCAACCUGCGGGAGGUCAGCACCCGCUUCCGCUUGCCGCCCGGGGAGUACGUGGUGGUGCCCUCCACCUUCGAGCCCAACAAGGAGGGAGACUUCGUGCUACGCUUCUUCUCGGAGAAGAAGGCCGGGACCGAGGAGCUGGACGACCAGAUCCAGGCCAAUCUCCCUGAUGAGCAAGUGCUGUCAGAAGAGGAGAUCGAUGAGAACUUCAAGGCCCUCUUCAGGCAGCUGGCAGGGGAGGACAUGGAGAUCAGCGUCAAGGAACUGCGGACCAUCCUCAACAGGAUCAUCAGCAAACACAAGGACCUGCGGACAAAGGGCUUCAGCCUGGAGUCGUGCCGCAGCAUGGUGAACCUCAUGGACCGGGACGGCAACGGGAAGCUGGGCCUGGUGGAGUUCAACAUCCUGUGGAACCGCAUCCGGAAUUACCUGUCCAUCUUCCGGAAGUUUGACUUGGACAAGUCGGGCAGCAUGAGUGCCUACGAGAUGCGGAUGGCCAUCGAGUCUGCGGGCUUCAAGCUCAACAAGAAGCUGUACGAACUCAUCAUCACCCGCUACUCGGAGCCCGACCUGGCCGUGGACUUUGACAACUUCGUGUGCUGCCUGGUGCGGCUGGAGACCAUGUUCCGGUUUUUCAAAACUCUGGACACAGAUCUCGACGGGGUGGUGACCUUUGACUUGUUUAAGUGGUUACAGCUGACCAUGUUUGCAUGAGGCAGGGGCUCCGGUCCCCUUGCCGUGCUCCUCUCCCUCGUCUGCCAAGCCAUGCCUUCCCGCCAUGCCGCACCGGGCCACACCAGCUGCAAGUGCCUUCCUUGGAGCAGGAGGCGGCCUUGUCCUCCUGUCCCCUCACCUCCCAGCUGCCACGGUUCCUCUGCUCUGCGUAGAGCCGUGUGGCCCUCCCUGCCUUCUCCAGUCAUGGGCUCAGAUGGACUCCCCCCGCUCCUCCCGUCGCCAAACGAGGAAGGCCACUUCGCUUGUUCCUGCCUCAGGACGAGGCUGCCAGGGGAGCUGACGGCCCCGGGCCUCCGAGCAUCCUGACGUGUCCUCUCCCCUCGCUGCAGCCAGAGGGCGCCCACCCAGCCUACCCAGCGGCCUCACCUGCAGACUUUACACCAUAACCACUAACUCUGCACAGUCUGCCGUCUAGAUGUGCGGAAGCCCUUCCCAGCCGAGGCCUCUUCCUGGGGCUGGGAAUGCCUGUUCUCCCCCGUGCAGAAGCCAGUGCCCCUCACCUCCGUGGCCUGCCCCCCAGCCCUGCCCCACCUGCCGACCAGGAGUCACCUGGACUGAGGGGUGGUCAGGCGCUCCCUCCCUCGCUCCCUCCUUUUUUAUAUCGGUGAUUUUAAAGGGGACUCUUCAGGGACCGGUGUACCAGUAACGGGGGUGCCAGAGGCACCUGGGUGUGGGGUGGGGGUGGGGUCUCGGGUUUCCAUGCAGAGAGACCCCAAACAAUAAAGGAAAAGGCCCCACA